CAAGGGAAGAAGAAACAGCCUCAUCCAUGGGCCCCACCUCAGACUACAACAACCACCAGAGAGCAGAUGGCCACCAGUCCUGGGGACCACAGGAGGCAUCCUGGGCUGCACACAAUGCACACCCCCACUGCCUGGCUCCCUCACCUCCCUGCUCCCUGUUGCUGGCGUUGAUCCUUGUCCUAUCAGGGGUCUCUGCACAGAGCAAUGGGAAUGAGAGACAGGUGCUGCAGCCUGAGGGCCCCAUGCUGGUGGCAGAAGGUGACACACUCCUCCUGAGGUGUAUGGUGCUUAGCUCCUGCAUGGAUGAUACAAUAAAAUGGGUCAAGGUGAGUGCCUAGGAUGAGCGAGAAGUGUAUAAUUUCCAACAUGGCUUCUUCCCUGGGGUGACACCCCUGAUCCAGCGCACAUUGGAGCCUCUCAGUUGCGAUUAUUCCAUCUAUAUCCACAACAUCACCAAGGAGCACAUAGGAACCUACUUGUGUGCGAAGUUUGAUGGCUUGAGCGAGGACUCAGAAAGGAAGCUGGACGAGGGCACCUCUGUGUUUGUAAAGGGAGCUAAAGACCCGGAACCAGGCCUCUGGAUCUUCCAGCCCCAGGAACUGGUGUUGGUGACCCCUGGAGACAUUGCCUUCCUGAACUGCACAGUGCUCGGAAAUGGUCCCCCUGGCCCCAUCAGGUGGUUCCGGGGGACUGGUCUGAACCGAGAAGCCAUUUACAACUUUGAAGGCAUCUCCCACCCCAAUGUGACAGCAGUGAGGGCCUCCAACAAUGACUUCAGUAUACAUCUGCAAGGUGUCUCCUUGGAAGAUGCUGGCACCUAUUACUGUAUAAAGUUUCAGAGGAAAUCCAACACGCAGUACCUGUCUGGACAGGGCAGCAGGCUGAGAAUGAAAGAGACAGAAUUCUCCAAUGAACCUGAGGCUCAGAUAGCUCCAACAGGCCUCCUGUCUGUGCUUACACCUGUGGUCCUGGGGCUGAAGGCAGUGACCUUGGCUGCACUCCUACUCACCCUGGCUGCCUGCAGGAGGAGCCUAGGCAAGAAGACUUCAAAACCCCAGCCUAGCACUGCAGUGAACAGCUUAGUAUGGAUCGAGGGGCAGGAGCAAGGGAUCAUCCCUGGUGUUGGAUCCUCUGACAUGGAGGUGAGCCAGGCUCCUCCACCAUCUCUCUGCCUUCAAUCCCAGCCUCCGCAUGCCAGCCGGGUCUAAUGACAAGUCUAGAUCCCUACGCCUGGCUGCAGUCACCUGGUAAAAUUCCCCACUUGGCACUGGACACCCCUCUGAUGGCUGCUUCUCUCUCCUCAGCCUGUUCAAGCCCUCCUGUUCUUUCCAGUCCUCUCCCUGGUUACAGCUCCUUCUGCCGUGCCUCCCACUUUCUGUCACUCUCCUUAGCUUUCUUGUCAUUCACCAUCCAACCCAGCGUCUUCUUCCCAGAAGAUGUUGCUGGGCAUUUCUACUCAUCCAGUGGAACACCUGUCUCCCUCCCAAACACACAUUCACAUCCCUCUCUCCCACUUUUUCCUUCUUUCCUUCCCCAGUGGCCGGCUUGGGUGGGUGUAAGAGAACACAGGUGUGGCAACUAACAAAGCUCUUGAAUAACAGUGGCUUAAACUAAAAAAAAAAGAGAGAGAGAGAGAUUUUUCUAGCAAUAUCCUGCUAUAAGCAACCCAGGCGGCACAUGGGCGCCCUAGUUUGGAGCCCAGGAUUCCUUGGUCUUGUAGGUACCAAGUCCUCAUCCCAGGCUUCAAGACUGGGGAGAGAGACAGGAAAAGGGAAUGACCCUCCCCCCUUUAAGGGCACAGUCUGGAAUUUGCAUCCCUCACCUCUCACUGGCUGGAAUAUGGUCACACCUAGCUGCAAGGAAGGCUGGGAAAUGUAGUCUAUAUUGUGGCAGCAAUGUGCUUCACUGAAAUGUUUCACUAAGGAGCUGGAGGGCAAAUGGGGUAACUGGAGAUCUCCACCACUAUGAAGUGAAGGCCUCCUCUUCCUUGCCACGUUCAAUACCUGAGCUUAAUUCCCAGUGGGGCAGCAUAAAGGAACGCACUUCUCAUUAAGAGUGCCUUUGACCUCCACUUGGAGGUUGCUACCGCCAUCUAGUGGUAGAGGCCGACGGUGCCGUCUAGCAACCUCUAACACACCGCUCAGCCCACCAUCAAGCAGUACCUGGCCCAGGUCUCCAGGGCCCUGAAGCCCAGAAGUACCAAAGAGUCUGAUGUGAGUGACUUCAAACCCUGAAAGAUCCUUCAGCGACACAACAUCGAGGACAAUAACAGGGACUUCUCGGCCCUGUGUGAGAACCGGGUCCAUCUCACACUUACUGAGACCCUAGUGAAAACAGAGUUUUGGACCCAAGGCCCAAACUCCAUAUGUCAGCUCAGGCCACCCGCCCCUAAAUGCCAAAUAAAGGGGUAUAGUGAAGGCAGAGAAAGGAGGUUUAUCACAUGGCUCGGAACAUGCCUUGGGAGUAAUCAGAGCAAGCACUCAGCUCAUCUUCAGUCAUCUUCGGGGUACAGCCAUGAGCUAUAGGUAUAAAUAGGCAAAAGAACUUGGGGCAGGGGACAAAGGCAUACAUAGUCUAACAGCCGCAAUCACAGGUGUAGUUGUGACUAGCAGAGCAGUCUUGUCAGGCAGGUGGUUUGGCUGGUCCAGUUUUGGAAAGUCACCCCAUGAAGGGAGUAAUAUGGUUCCUGCUUGAGAGGAUUCUUGGAAUAAUUGUCCUCACUGGGAGGGUAGCAGCUCCAGGUGGCUCCAGUUCAUUGUCAUAAAGAUAUUAUCAGUUUUGUCCUUUUGGGAAUCCAAGGUGAUUGUAA